AAUGCGAUGUCUCCAACAAAAUCACACUUCUUCCAGCCUCUUAUUCCCGGUUUCCAGAACCACCUUAACAUUCCUGUCAAGUUCUUCUCCCAGCACAUCGUCGGGAAACACGAGGGAAGAAGUGUAAAUUUGGUAUCAGAUGCGUCAGAGAAAACAUGGAAAGUGAAGAUGGAAGGCCAUAGACUAACCGAAGGUUGGAAACAUUUCGUCGAGGCACAUGACCUUCGAGUUGGUGACUUCGUCGUAUUUAGACACGAAGGAGACAUGUUGUUCCAUGUCACUGUUUUAGGAUCUAGUUGCUGUGAGAUUCAAUACGCACAGCCUCACUACCAUGAAGAAGACGAAGAGAGUAACGAAACUGAAAUACCUUCGAGAUCUGAGAAGCAAGUUGAGGAGAAUGUGAACACAGAUUCUGAUCUGAACUGUUUUAGCCUAUCUGUGACAGAUUCAAACCUAUCAAGAGAUAAAGUGACUCUGCCCAAAGAUUUCGCAAGACGAAACGGUUUAGACAAACGAAUGCAUGAGAUAGUUUUGAGGAAUGAAGAAGGGAAGUCAUGGGAUUCAAAAGUAAAGAGUAAUAUUUCUGGUCAGGUUUUCAUUAAUGGAGGUUGGACAAGUCUCUGCAGCGAAAAUAAACUAGAAGUUGGAGAUUCUUGCACAUUUAGACUGCUCCCAAACACAGCGGAAACGCCUGUGUUUCAGCUCUGCAGCCGUAUAAUGUCGGAGAGGAGAAUCCAGUCCGCGGAAGGUUGCAUAGAUAGCAAAACUGGAGGAAACCGGUUUGUGAAGUUAACUCUUACACCAAGCAGCCUUCACCUUGGUAAACAGCAUCUACCGGCAAGUUUCACGAGAAAGAACAGACUCAUCAAUCCGGGGAAGAUCAUUCUGGUGGACAAAAACAGAGCUGAAUGGCCGAUGAAGCUUAAGGUUGACAAACGUUCUCGUUUGAUGUAUAUUAUUAGUGGCAAUGGUUGGAAAAGUUUCUGUGCCGCCAAUGAAAUAGGUGCAGGGGAGUCUCUUACUUUGGAGUUGAUCCGAGGAGGGAAAAGUCCUUUGCUCAAGUUCGUCUCAAAGACGGAACAACCACCAGUUGAAGCAGAGGUUCGGGAACACAAGAGAGCUCGAGUCCAAAGAUGGAGCCAGGAGACUCAACCGAAUGUUGAGAUGAGAGAGAAGGCAGCUGAGGAAUUAGGAGAACCCUCUCGAGCAUCUCACAAAUCCAGUGGUAAUCAAGAAAACUUGCAGCAUACGCAAGCUUGCUCUGUCUCAAAUCAGGUGGCUAAGGUGAAACAGAGCGUUGUGGAUGCUUUAACUAGUGUAAAAAGGUUUAUGGCAGAACUCGAGACAACGGAACAGAAGCUAGCAAUUUCAUUGCAGGAAAUCGACAACCUAGAGAGAGGAGAGGACAAUGGGAAUAAAACAUCAUCUUCAAGUAAACCCGGGGAAACCUCAGUUAAAGGUCCGCCAACAUCUGAGAAGCGAUUUACUCUUCCAGUACUUCCAACAGAAUAUGGUCCUCCAAAAGUUUUGAAUCUUUCCAACAACAUAUUUAUAGCCUUGAGGAAGCUUCGUUCAGAUCUUGUCAAAGAAGCCCCUGAUGGUGUCAUGGGAUAUCAUAUAUUCAUGAAUUCAAUGAUUCAUCAGAUAAGCAGACAAAUUCCGAGAACCAAAGAGGAACUCCUAGGAAUAAAUGGCCUUGGGGAGGACAAAGUAAGAGAGUACGGUGAUCGGGUGUUGGAAACAAUAGAAUCAAGGGUUAAGGAGUACUAUGGAACCAAUAAGAAAGAUUCCAUCAUCAGCAACGAGAGUCCCGGUUCAAGGAAGAGUAUGAUGAUGUCGAAGUGA